UGCUAGGUCUAAAAUUUAUUGGAGAAAUAAAUAUAGAGCCAGAUGUAUACAUUUCCGAAGUGUGUAAGGCAUGCCCAAAUUUACAAUGGCAAAGUUUUGAAAAUUAUGGGUCACGCAUACUUAGCAAUAAAAAUCUAGAAGCACUUCUAGCCAAGUAUUCUAAUUUAAAAAGACUCACAAUAAGAGGUUCUAGACGUAUAAGUCUGAAAACAUUUUUAAAAAUUUCAGGACUGGCUCCUAGUUUGGGAAUGAUAGAAAUAGGAGA